UUUGUACACGUGAAUCUGGUCAUAAAUAGCCAUGGAGAUAUAUUUGAGGGGAAUGGCUUACUUGAUAACUCUAGAAGUAUAUCAGUAAAAGUUCUUUCUCCGUCCUCGCCUGAUCUAGUAAUCACACAUCUUCACAGUUAUUUUAUAUCGAAACAAACACGCUUGGCAGUAAUUCUCUGGACGAUUAAAAACAUUGGAAACAGUAUGAAAGGAAAGAAGGAAUGGGUGGAUGAAAUAAGUCUGCAAACAACCGGAAGUGUGAGCAGAAAUAUCUCCUUAGCAAAUUAUAAACAGGUUUGGAGUCUUGAUACAGGUGCAGAAUACAUGGUGAAUAAAACAUUAGUGAUUCCCUCGACAUUAGUUGGUCAGUUCUACAUCAAUCUCACGACAGACAUAAACAACAAUGUUCAGGAGGUAAAUGGAGAAAGCAACAACUGGAAAAGAAGCAAAACCCCAAUUUUUUUUCCCGACCUCCCUAAAGUCGAUUUGAAAGCAAUUAUCACAUCGAAAGGUGCAUGUUCCAUAAAUGAGAUUGAAUCCUUUUGUAUAGCAUACACCGUUACCAAUGAUGGCGAAAUAGCAACAGGAAAGUCGUCAUGGAAUGAUGCUAUAUUUACAUGCAACAAUGAUGAAGAAAAUCCCCAGGAUCUCAAAAAACUUGCUUUAAUCAACCACAUUGGGGGACUAUCACCGGGUGAAUCUUAUUCUAAAAAUACGUCCGUACCAUUGCCGUCUAAAAUUAGCGAAGAACCAUACUAUAUUUUGGUUGUUCCAGAUUAUACAGAAAGCUCCCAUUCACUGACAAUUGAUUGUUCUGCUUCGCAAGGAAAUCUUCCAAUAAAAGAUCUUAUAGAAUAUCAAGCGCGUACGUUUUGUUCAAACCUCCAGGUGACCCUCACAGAUAAAGCACAGACACUCACAGCAGGUGACAUGAUUAACGUGGAUUACAACAUAAGUAAUUCAGGGCACUGUGGUUUGAAAAAGUUGUUCUAUGUCGCUUUGUUCUUGAGCAUUAGUAUUGAAAAUGAUCCUUUUGAACGAAAGAUUAAAACAACACUGAUAUCCGAUCCAGUACCUCGGAAUGGAACAAUAUCUGCUUCGUCCAUUGUCCAUCUUCCUAUUGAUAUGGAAAGUAGAGAUUAUUUUAUAGUGGUGCAAGUAGAUUCCCGCCAUGACAUAAUUGAAACAACUGAAAAUGAUAACAUUGCAAUAUCUGUGUUAAAAAUCAGACAAAAUAUCCUCACAGAUAUCGUGUUAUUCAAUGUGACUGCGCCAGAGGAAGUGGAAUAUGGUGAGAAAUUUACAGUUCAGUGGUCAAUCAUGAACAACGGUUCUGAAAAUGCAAAGGGGUACAAAUGCGAUUCGGUCUAUUUGUCACAGGACUCACAAUGGGAUACGACUGACGAACUACUUGGGAAAAUGCAAUGUAGCAAGUUUCACAUUAGUCAAAUUACCUCCGGUGGGAUAAUUAACACAUAUUCAGCUGCACUUCCAGCAUUGGCAUCUCUGGGUUAUAGAACUAUUGUGAAGAGUCGCACAAAUUUUAGAGAAUAUAAUCAAACUAACAACAUUGGUAUAUCACAAAACAGCACAUUAGUGAGAUAUCCUAUUUGCUUUCUUGGCCAAAACACGUCUUUUUCUAUAACUCUAGACGAACAGAAAAUCUUUAGAAUCCCCAAUAUUCCAGCUGCGCAAACGAUUAUAAUCAAAACUACAUCUAACGAUCCAUUAGCUUUCCACGAAUUCUAUGUCAAACAAUACACUGCACCAAGUGAGUACAGUUUUGACUACUCUGUUGAAGAUCCAUUUCAAUCUGAACAAGAAAUAGUCGUAAGGAAUACUCGUGGAGGUGAUUACUAUGUUUUAGUGAAGACGUCCGGUUCAACUUCUAUGAAUAAUAAUCCCGUUUUUCUUUCUCUACUGCCGAAGAUAGAUUCGAGGUAACGGGUUGUUUUCCGAAAUCGGCAGCUCCACGUGGAAACGUAACUCUGAAAAUAGCCGGAACUCUUCUUCCUGAAAAGUUUUCGGCCUCUUUAUUUAAUUCCAGCUUCAGUAUCAAGAGCGAUAAGCGGUACUGGUUUUCAUCUUCUUCAGUCGCUGCUACAUUCGAUGCAAAUCACCUCAGAAAAGGGUCGAGUUAUAGUUUAAAUCUGACUGAUAAUGAUUCCCAAAGGACUUCCAUUCUUCAAAAUGCAUUGACUGUAAUCAGUGGAAGAGAUGGCUUUGUCAAGGUGAAAGUAUCUAUGCCAGAGACUCUCUUUCUUGGGCAAACUGACGUCAUGCAUAUUGAUGUGAGGAACGCUGGUGACAAUGAUUUGAUAUCACCGUUCAUCCAUAUUGAGGCAGCAGGCGGACAACUGAAAUAUAUUCAUGAAUUCCAAAACAAUGAUUGGACGGAAGGUAUGACAAUUAUAAGUGGGUCUUCAGAUGGUCCUGGUGGUAUUUUAUUGCCUUCAGAAACCAGCAGACUACAGUUUCAGAUAAGAUCAGCCACCCCAAACUUGCCAAAUGACAUGAAAGUAGUGGUAUCACAAAUGAAGAACUUAAAUUCUAAACACCCUUAUGUAAACAUGAAGAAUGUAUUGAGACCAACAUCAAUGGAAGAAGUCAUCUGGAAUCCUAUUUGGAAAAACUUCAUGGAGCUAGUAGGAGAGUCGUGGUUAUCACUUCAAAUCAAAGUUUCUGAAAUAAUAAAUGAAAUAUCUGUGUUUGGUCACCGUCAGUACAACUUGGACACUGUCAUAAAACAUAUCCUUGAUAUAGCCGAGGGAUUGGGCGACGAACAGUAUAUUGUGAAAGAAUCUGAUUUUGGCAAAAGCAGUGGAUACGACAGAACAUUCUCGAAGAUUGGUCGUUUAUAUCCUCAACGUAUUGGAUUAAGAAGGGGUAGAGGUCCAUUCGGGAUAGGAUGGAUUAUGCCUUUUUGGGAAACAUAUUUAAUAGGAAUAGAUGAAGCAUUAGCAAUACUUUACUGGAAACGAGAGGAAGUAAUUUUUACAGCAUAUGGAAUUGGAAUGUACAGAAAUCCAGAAAAAGGAAAUUUGACGUUGUCAUUUCGAGACACGAUAUUCUUUUCGGAUCCUGAGACCGAUGACCAAUAUCAUUUCAACUUCACAACGGGAAAGAUUUUAUAUGUUUCACAUCAGAGUGAUAUUACUAAGUUCGUUUAUGACAGUAGCGGUCGUCUUUCCUCUUUGUAUUCGGUGGAGAAAGACACUGCUAUUGAAUACAACGAAAAUGACAACAUUGCGGUAAUUAGGAGACGUAAUAAUGUAACAAACGUUAUGGAAACUUGUUCCUAUGGGUACAAUGAACGGGGCUACUUGUCUACUGUGUAUUGUGGAAAUCAAACCGUUUCUUAUGGAUACAGUGAAAAUGGUGAUCUACUGACAAUUCAUGAAAGCGCAGGUGUGCGCAGAGUUUUUCAGUACGCUGACAACCAUCUGCUUCGUACAGAAGAGCAUUUCAAAGAUGACAAUCUAAUUUCAAAGAAAAUAUAUGACGACUAUCGAAACAGUCGAAUUGAUGUAACGCAUAUGCCUGAAAGAAAAAGAAUAUCGUACUGGAUUGGUCCUGAGAGAAAGGUCAUAGGAUACAAGAAGGAUGGCUAUCCAGUUAUUAAAACCUUGCGAAAACAACAUUCAGAGGAGCAACUGGAAGGGGAUCUGGUGGUGAAAACACUACUAACAAAUGGAGAAAUGACUGAAAUACAAGAUGCCAAUGGCGACAGCAUGGGUUUUUUGGAGAACGAUGAUGGUUAUCGUAUAAUCUUUGUGGAUGGUAACUUGAAUCCGUACUAUAUGUUCAGGUCGCUCAACAAUUCUAUUCACACAAUUAUAUAUCCUGACAAAUCUAAUGAAACAUACGUUAACUUGGAAGAAACUGUUGUCCACAAGGACCAAAGUGGAGGAAAGGUUACCUACCAUUACGACACGUCUCAAAGGUUGGCAGUACGUACCACAGACGACAACUUUCUCUUGUUCAAGUAUACCGGCGAUGGUAGAAUAAAAUCGAUAGCAAAUGAACACUCCAAAUUUACUUUUAAAUACGACAAAAUGGGGCAAGUUACAGAGUUCACAGACGAGGAUCAUAACGUCACCAUAUCUCAAGCUACCGAUGAUUCUGAACUUGUGAGAAACUUAAGAAUGGAAUCUGAUCUUUAUGAUUUAGUAUACAAUUACAAUGUCCAUGGAAAAAUAACAUCAGUGAAGGACAACACUGAUGGCAAAAUGAUUGCAACAAUACUUUAUUAUGAAAAUGGAUUGAUAAAAAAGAAGACACUUGGAAAUAAUGCUACAACACAUUAUGAAUACUACGAAAUAACAAAAUUUCCGAAAGUUUUAUCGAACUAUUAUCCAAAUGGAACUAUAUCCUCAGAAUUCAGAUAUCUUUAUGACAAUAGAGGUCAACUUGAGUCCGUGCAGACAUCCCAGGGCACUUGGAAUUUUUCGUAUGAUUUAUCUGGACAGCUCACAGCCCUUGAGGAUCCUUUUAAUGUUAAAACACUCAUACAAUAUGAUCAAAACAAAAAUCGAAUAGCAUUUACACAGAAUGAUGUUUCAAAACUGUACCAAAUUAAUACUUUAAAUCAAUAUGUUUCAGUUGAUAACAAACAAUACACGUAUGAUAAAAAUGGGAAUUUGAUUUUCAAACCAAAUCGUACCAUGGAAUAUGAUAUAGAUAAUAGACUGUCUCGAUUUGUUGCUGGAGGCACAACUUGCCAACUUAAAUACAGUGCACUUGGACAUUUGCGAAGAAAAAUAUGUGAUAACAGCAAUUUGACAUAUUUUACAGAUCUGUCGGGGAAAAUAUUAAAACAGGUAGACGACACGAAGGGAAUCGUGACGUAUCACAUAUAUGCAGAUGGAAUAGGUUUGCUUGCAACAAAAGAAAAUGGUGUAUACUUCUACUAUCAAUAUGAUGUCUUGGGAUCUGUUAUAGAUAUCUUGAACGGACAAGGUGAUUCUGUAGACAGCUUUACUUACGAUCCAUUUGGGAGUGUUUUAAGCACUUCAAAGAGAAAUCAAGACCACUUUCGGUAUCUUGGACAAUGGGGAGCAAUAUCAUUUAAUGACAUGCCCAGUAUAUACCUUUUGGACUCAAGACUGUAUGAUUCUAGCAUCGGGAGAUUUCUCAGCAUAAAUCGGGAGGGAAUAUUUUGUCAACAGCCAAAUCUUUAUGUUUUCAAGGGAAACAAUCCUUUAAAUUUGGAACUUCGUCACAAUUUUAAUGAAGAUAUGCAUUGCCGUCUUAAUGAACUAGAUGCAGAAACGAUAGUAAACCAUUCCUACAGAAAGACUGUAAGAACACUAUCUAGUGGGAAUAAAAGGUUUACAAAGUUUCAAAGAAAGAAGAGAAACGUUGAUAAAAACGAAGCCAACACUCCACAAAAUACGAAGUCUAACGAAAAGACAGAUAUCAAAAACCGUCAGCAACGAAAAGGCUUCAAUGAAGGGAAUGGAUUGAAGGAUAUAGUAAAUGAAUAUUGGAACUUAGAUGAACGAUUGAAGGACCGCUCUGACUGUGAGAAACAUCUUAUAAAUAAAGGAAUCGAUAAAGUGUUGGAUUUUGUACAGAAGGGUGUGAAGAAGUCGCCCUGGGGUCGGAUAGCCAUGGGUAUUAUUGACGUGGGCGGAUUUUUAUACAAGCACAGGAAAUGCAUUAUGUCACCAUGUGAUUGCUUAGACAAUGCGAUACAGAAAUAUCACAAUGCCAAAAACAAAAUUGACAAGUUGCUGAAUGAUGCUAAUGCCCGCAAAGACGCUAUGAACAACUUCUGUAAUCGAUGGAAUCCUCCGUGUAGAAUCAUAGAUAGUUUGCCUUCUAUGGGUUGUAAAGCCGCAGGUGCUAUCUUCAACAGCCAAUUUCACCAUUUUAAAGAUGGUCUACAAAGCAUGUAUGAUACAGUAAAACCAUACACUGAGAAAUUAGAUAAUGCAUUGGAUUUUGCAUCGGAGGCCUGUGAUGAUCCUUCCAAACUGGGAGACGGAGUCACACAAUGGAUUGGAUCAGUCGAUCCGAACGACAUACUAGGUCCACCGGGUUACGGAGCAGCGAAAUUUAUAUCCUCCAAAACGGAAAUGGUGUACAAAAUACGAUUUGAAAACAUGGAAAAUGCAACAGCACCAGCGCAAAGGGUUCUCAUCGAAAUAUUAUUUCAUCCGAAAUUAAACUCGAGGACUUUUCGUUUGGGAAGCUUUGGGUUCGGAGAAUUUACGGAAGAGCUGAGUUUCAAACAAUCAUUUAUGCAAGUUAAAGUGAAUUUGACCGCGGAAUAUGGUGUUUACGUGUAUGUAAAAUGUGGAUUAGACAUCAUCAACAACAAGGCAACGUGGGAAUUUCAAGCUAUAAAUGCAAGCACAGGUUUGCCGCCAUCAGAUCCAUCCGUCGGAUUUCUACCUCCCAACAACGGAACAACAGGACAAGGAUUCGUGACUUUCUCUAUCAGACCAAGUUCUGACGUCAAAUCUUUGGACAAGAUCACGGCGAAAGCAGCCAUUAUAUUUGACCAGAAUGAACCAAUAGAUACACCUGAAAUAUUCAACACAAUUGAUGAUACUCCUCCAUAUGUUAGAAAUAUUUCUGUCAAUAUGGAAGCAAUGGCUCGUGGAUCUCUGAUUUUAAGUCUGGAUGUUAAAGACGACGAAAGUUGUUUACAAUACGUUGAUGUAUUGUACUCAGAUUCGGAAUUUCUUCUUUUGAUGAGCGGAGUGCAAGAGAAUGCGGUGUCUCUACCUCUGGAACCAGACACUAACUACACCAUCAUACUGCAGCCCGUGGAUAUGAUAGGAAAUUCAGAGACUCUUCAGACCGUAUCUCCGAGAAACUUCUACACCUUCUUCUAUCCGAAGCCAGAAGUUCGAUGUGAUGAUCUGAACAAUUGUUCUGGAAACGGACAUUGUGAUGGAUUAAACUUCUGUUCGUGUUUUGAUGGAUUCUUUGGAAGGGACUGUAUGAAAACUUCACCACCCUUGGAUCCUCCACUGCUAGAUGUCUUUUCUGGAGACCAGCGGGAUUCCACCAUACCGUUAUACUUGUCUUCACAAUCGGUUACGGAUAUCAAAGACGCUGACAUUACCAUCCAGUGUAGGGGGUUUCCCGAUCAGUCUCUUUUCUCGGUUGGAACCGUCAAUAAAGACACCCUCCAUGUACGGGCGGCGGACUUUGGUGAUGUGCUCUUCAUGCCCCCGAUUGGAUACACUGGCAAUUUCUCUUUACGAAUUACUUCAUUCUUAUCAAUAGCAGAUUCUUCAGAGAAAAGUACUCGAGAAUCUACGAUAUCGCUCUCUGUAAAACACCCGGUCAGCGGAACGGACAGAAAGAACUUUGAGAAAACCUACUUCGGAUCAGGGCCUACAGCUACCGAUGAGGCGCCCAGGUUGACGAUGGAAAUUAUGCUUUUUAUGAGUGUCCUGAUCUCAUCAGUAAUUCUGAAAUUAGGGUGAUCGAGUUAUUGACGUAAUAAAUCAGUUAUUCCACAAAGGAAACACCUUAUACAUAAACAAUAGAUAAAAACCAGGAGUGACUGAAUUUAAAAGAACUGAAAUAGUUGAUUUAGUUGCGGAUCUAGAUGGAUUUUAUGGGGGUUGCAACACCACAACCAUCACCAUUUUGUUGAAACUAUUUAACAUAAAACAUUAUUUGAAGGUCUGCAAUUUCCAUUAGUGUGUCCUCUUGGAUCGCACCUCUCACCUUUAAUUUGGUUUUGGAUCUAUUACUAUUGUGUAUAUCAAAAUCCCUUCACAAAUAGUAUAUUAAUACAUGUACUAAUUCAUUUGUCAAAACUGCAGUAUUUGGUGUGGUAAGGGUGUUCAGCCUAUCAUUUACAGUACACUAACAGUUUCAUUAGACGUUCCUUUUAAUUCGCCUCAUGUUUGCUGGUUGGCUUCCCCCUUUUUGAAAAUAAAAUGGCUACAUUUAUCUUUCACACUUUUAAAAUUUAAUCUGAGAGUUCAAUAUUCAGGAGAAAAUAUGUACAAUGUCAUAGUUAUCCAGCAUACACACCAAGAUUCAUGUAAAACUUAUACGGUACCAAUUUUGAUGCACCAGAUGCGCAUUUCGACAAAUAAUGUCUCUUCAGUGAUGAUCAACCGAAAUGUUUGAAAUCCGAAAUAACUAUGAAGUUUUAGAUCUAAAUAUAGCCAAAAACAGCGUGCCAAACAAGUGGAGCCAAAUUCGUCCAAGGAUAAGAGCUAUGCAUGAGGGAGAUAAUCCUUAAUUUUGAAAUGAAUUUCUAAAUUUUAUAACAGCAAUUAAAUAUACAUCCGUAUUUUAAAGCUAGUAACGAAGUACUUAGCUACUGGGCUGUAGAGACCCUCGGGGACUAACAGUCCACCAGCAGAGGCCUCGACCCAGGGGUCAUAAUGUAAAACUUAUACGGUAGCAAUUUUGAUGCACCAGAUGCGCAUUUCGACAAAUAAUGUCUCUUCAGUGAUGCUCAACCGAAAUGUUUGAAAUCCGAAAUAACUAUGAAGUUUUAGAUCUAAAUAUAGCCAAAAACAGCGUGCCAAACAAUCAUUAUAAUUUUCGAGUUCAAAGGUCAAGGGCAUAAACCCUGGAAGACACAACACAUUGUAAGGGAAUUUUACGUUGUACAAAGUACUUGUUCAAUAAGUCAUUCAUUCCUUUGACUUCUUACUGUACGUAUAUAUUAUUAUGAAUUAUGCUUCUUAUUAGGAUGUGCUUAUUUUGCGCAUGUAUAUCUAUAUAGAAUUGCACAAUAUUUGAUUCGGUGAUUACUCGCUCUUUUUCAUUUCCUCUUUGUUGUGGCAGUUAUAUCUGCAGGAUAUUUCAAACAGUAAUUGUCGACGAAAUUCCAGUAUCCCCUCUGUACCAGAUUUUAGGUGCAUUUUUGCAUUUCAUUUCAAUGACACUCGAAAAGAGUCUUCAUGUGAUUACAGAUUUUCGAGUUCGAAGAAUAGCACUUUUUAUGGAGGGAUACUUAUCUUACGAGAUGAUGCCGCAUACUACAGAUGACUUGUUAAUAGAGAUAUAGUUCAUUUUGUAUAUAUAGAUUAUGCUUAUAAAUUUUCAUUCAAUAUGAUAUUCAUCAUGAACUGUCAUUAUUUCUAUAUAUCCUUGAAAUAAUUAUUAUGUCAGGUCAAUGUAUCUACUUUCGUAGAGAAAUAGAAGCAGGUACGAAAACUAUGUGUAUUGCUCUGUAACUCUCUCUUCUUGUGUCUUUUACAUAUAAAGUGCCAUCUAGAAACAAACAAAAAAUAAAUUAUGCUAGUAUUGUGUGGACAAAAUAAAUAGUAUUUUAAUUCUU